AUGAAGUUCACCACCUCUCUCUUCGCUCUCGCUGCCGCCACUGGCGCUGUUGCUGCUCCUUCUUCUCCCCUCGACGCCGUCUCCAUGAUGGCUGCUACUCCUAUGUGGACCAUCGAGUCCAUGCAGCGAACAUGCGAUAAGCCUGAUACCACCUGCACCUGGAACUUCAAGAUCAACACUGGCAGUGGCGCCGCUACUCCCUGCAAGUACGUCGUCAAGGCUUCCAAGAAUGCCUCUCAGGCCAACGGCGGCCCUGCCAAGUGCGGCACUUUCACCAUCACCUCUGGCUGGAGCGGCCAAUUCGGUGCCGGCAACGGUUUCACCACUCUAUCUGUUGUCAGCAGCAAGAAGCAGAUCGUUUACCCCAGCUACACCGAUAAGCAGCUUGCUGGUGGCAAGGUUGUCAAGCCUGACCAGAAGUACGCUCCUGCUUCUCUCCCUUAA